AUGAAUAAAAUACAUAUUGAAGGAGACUAUUAAUGGGAAAAUAGAAAAUUUAUCGGGGAAGGCUCCUUCGGUAAAGUUUAUAGAGCAACAAAUACUAAAACUAAAUAAGAUGUAGCAGUAAAGGUACUUGAUAUGAAAAAUUUUAAAUAAUAAGACAUGAUCGCAUCUCUCAAAAAUGAGAUUUAGAUAAUGAAGCAAUUAAAAUCUCCAAAUAUAGUUAGACUACUAGAUUGUUCUGGUAAUACAAAAGAAACUUUCAUAUUUAUGGAAUAUUGUGAGGGAGGAGAUCUUAAGCAUUAUAUUGAAAAGAAAGGUGGAAAGCUAAAAGAAAAGUAAGCCAUCGAUAUACUUAAAUAAUUUAUGAAUGGUUUUAAAGAAAUGCAUGAAAAAGGAUAUAUUCACAGAGAUAUAAAACCUCAAAAUAUUCUUUUAAGUAGGGAGACUUUUAAGAUAGCUGAUUUUGGCUUUGCAACAAAAGUUGAUCCAAGAGGAAAAUAAUUUAUGAAAGAAUAUGUUGGCACACCUCUAUAUAUGGCUCCGUAGCUUUUAGAAAACAUGCCUUAUACAGCUAAGAGCGAUGUUUGGUCUAUUGGAAUGACUUUUUACGAGAUUAUAUUUGGAAAGACUCCAUGGCCUGCAAGAGAUUUGUAUUCAUUCCUCAGAAACAUUAAAACUACUCCUUUAAGAUUCCCUUAUGAUAAACCCAUAGGAAAAGACACAAAGGACUUUAUAUCAAGAUGCUUAGUUAUUGAUGAAAAUAAGAGAAUGAGCUGGGAUGAAAUAUUCAAGCAUCCGAUACUUGUAGGUGGAGGUGGAGAAAUACAAAAUCCUUAGGUGAAAAUCGAUGAAAAGACAAAAAAAAUUCUAAGGUCUAUGCAAGAAAUUGUUUAAUCUCACAACUUAAAUGUUAAUCAUAUAUUUGACAAAUUUGAUAAAGAUAAAGGAGGCAGCUUGGAUGAACAAGAAUUCUUCUAAUUCAUAGUAAGCAUAGAUCCAAGAAUAACUUCUUUUGAAUCUAAGGCUAUUUUUAGGGUUGUUGAUACUUCAAAUGAUAAAAAAAUUUCUCUUUAAGAAUUUGCAUCUAUUUUCUGUUAAUAUGAUUUCGCAGAUAUAGAUGAUCCUGCUUAAAUAUUGAUUACUGAUUUAAAAGAAAUUAUAAAAGCUAAUUAACUCAAUCUUAAAGAAAUAUUUUCAAACUUUGAUAAAGAUAAAUUAGGUACUCUCGAUAAGCAAGAAUUUGAGAAACUUAUACGUGUUGUUGCUCCUGCCCUAAAAGAUCAUGAAAUUUAGAAAUGCUUUGAAAAGUUUGAUAAAGAUAAAGAUAACUAAGUAUCAUUUGAUGAAUUUAAAAAUGCACUCACGUAUGGAAUCUAAGAUUAAGAAAAUCAGUAUAAUUUUUUUAAGGAAAAAGCAAAGAGACUUAUUGGUGAAUUAAGAAGAAUAAUAAAAGAAAACAAUAUUGACAUCAAAGUAAUUUUCCGUAAUUUUGAUUAAACAAAGGACUCUUAUCUAGAUAUUAACGAGUUCAAAAAAUUCAUCAAAAUCAUUGACAAAUACAUUUAUGAAGAUGAAUACAAUUAUAUAUUUAAAUUAUUUGACACUGAUAAUGAUGAUAAAAUCUCAUUCUAAGAAUUCUCUAAAUUUUUUGUAUGA